AUGUCCAAGCCAACACGAAUCGCCAUCAGCACCAAGGGUGCACCUGCCCCACCCCCAAUCCUAUCCCAAGGCUUGGUCGUCGGAAACAUGAUCUACUGCUCUGGUCAGUUGGGAGUAGACCCGACUACGGGUCAAAUGGUGGAGGGAACCAUCCAGGACCGAACACGACAAAUCCUACGCAAUCUCAAUGCUGUCCUAGAGGCUGGAGGGUCGAGUCUCCACGACGCUAUUAAGGUCAACAUCUUCCUUACCGAUAUGGCCAAUUUCUCGGCCGUGAACGAAGUCUACGCUACUUUCUUUUCGGAUCCUAAGCCGGUGCGUACUUGUAUUGCGGUCAAGUCCCUCCCUAUGGGAUCGGAUGUGGAAAUCGAGUGUUCUGGCCUUGUUACCAAGCCUGGGAAUGGACGCAGUUCUAGACUUUGA